AUGGUUCCAGAUUUUCGGCUAGCUGCUGUUAGGGGAGGAAACCCGCUUCAAACAUUUGAAUUUCCUCCUUCCCAAGCUCCUACACAACAUCCUAUGAUGAGCCCACAUGGUUAUGUUAAUUUUCAGCAACUACCCAUCCUUAAUAUACCUCAAAACAGUGAGUUUAGGGCUGAACAUCCUCAACAACCUCCUCCAAUGAUCAAUCCGGGUAUGUACCAACCAUUUCUGUUUAACCCGGUUCCUCCCUAUCAUUUUCCCUUGUCCCAAAUGCAAAUUCCAGCUAGUGUUCAUCCUUAUGGAAUGCCUAACCCAUCUACUCUAUUUCCUAGCCUUCCACCUUAUUAUAGAAUGGGUAAUUGGGUACCUCCACAAAAUUAUGGGAUGAUUUCACCUAGGGUUCCCCCACCACCUCAACUUCCAUUCCUAGAAAGAGGACCUCAAGCACCCCAAUUGAACCCUAACAUAUUGAGUACCUUCAACAUGGGACAACUAAAACCCUUAGAGCCUCCUAUGAUGCCAAUCCCAGCCAAUCUGCCGAUGGAUACAGGAGUUGAGCAUGGAGGAGAGCAAGAGAAGAGCCAUAACCAGAGGCUAGAGCCCGAGGUCUCGAUAGGGCAAAAGAGGAAGGGCAAGGAGGUGCUGACGGACCCAGAAACUGAGAAAGAUGGGAGUAGUAGGCGUCUAACGCCUAAGGAUUCAGCUAUGGAGAACAGAGAUGAGGAGCAGUUUUAUUCGUCUCCGCUGAUUAUUACACCUGGAGAUGGUAAUGAUGAUUUCCUACUGGUUUCAUGA